AUGCUAUACAGCGCAUGCGUCACGGAGACGGCGACGAAACGCCUGACGCCUGAUAACCUCAAGAAAAGCGAGGCAGAGAACAAGGGCUGCACAGCAACCGAGUACGGUCUUGUAUUCGGAGUGUUCGAGCUCGUAGUGUUUAUCAUCAGUCCUUUUUAUGGAGCCCAUUUGAAUCGACUGGGACCUAAAGUCGUGUUCAAUACUGGAAUUUUAACCACUUCAACAUGCGCCAUAUUGUUUGGGUUGUUGGACAAGGUGGACGGUCACAUACCGUUCGUGACCCUGGCCUUCGCCAUCCGAAUCGUGGAAGCGCUCGGAAACGCAGCUUUCCUUACGGCUUCCUUCGCUAUCAUUGCAAAAGAGUUUCCUAACAAUGUAGCAACUAUGUUUGCAUCUCUAGAAACCUUCUUCGGUCUGGGUUUGAUAGCCGGUCCCAUGAUCGGAGGAGCUCUGUACAGUGUUGGAGGUUACUCAUUGCCUUUCGCUGUUCUUGGAGCAACACUUCUCUGCACAGCAUUGCUAUGUUACAUCACACUUCCCAAGUCCGCUGAUGACGAAGAUUAUAAGCACACCGGCCCCUCAAUGUGGACUCUCUUGCGGGUGCCUGGCGUGCUCCUAGCUUCCUUGAGUAUUAUUUCGACCAGUAUGAGCAUCGGGUUCCUUCAGGCGACAUUAGAACCACAUUUCCGUCAAGUGCAUUUCAACUUCUCUCCAGUCGUACUAGGCCUCAUAUUCGUCAUCAACGGGGGCUUAUAUGCUGUAUCGGCACCAGCCUGGGGUUGGCUCUGUGAUCAUCCAGCUGUUAAACCCAAAUACAUCUCCAGCAUUGGCCACAUGUUUGUGAUCGCCGCUUUCUUGCUUAUCGGGCCAGCGCCAUUCUUUAAUAUGCCCACAAUCCUGUGGGUUACGAUAACAGGCCUCAUUUUGCACGGCCUCGGCAUGGGAAGUCUUCUAGUGUCUUCUUUUUCAGACGCUUUAAGCACGGCUAUUGCUAAUGGGUUCCCGAAUUCUAUAGAAACAUAUGGACUUGUAUCUGGUUUGUGGACGUCUACAUUCGCUCUGGGAGCCUUUAUAGGGCCCACCGUGUCUGGAGUACUCUUUGACUCCAUCGGUUUUCGUAACAGUACAGCCUUCGUUGUUAUUCUACAUAUUGUUGUGAUGCUAAUGGUUCUCGUCUUCAUGUGGACCUGUGACCGCUCGAAGAUGGAUCUUUCCGUGUCUGCUGGUGAUUUAUUACAGAUGGACGGCACUCUGGACAAAGGCGUGCUCACCGGAGAGGACUUCAUACCAACCUCCAGGCCUAAAAGUCGCCGCUACGGUAUCAGCCUGGAGCGGUCUCGUCCUCCGGCAAUGAACAGUCUUAUAGCUUGCUCCAGCUACAAAAACCGUCAAAGCCCUUGGAGCCAGCGAACCCCUCGAUACAGACCCACUUAUGGCAGCCUCGACACUAGGUUUAGAGGAACUGUAUCUAUCACGUAG